AGAGAGAGAGUAGAAGACACCCCUAGAUUCUAAAACUUCCUCCUCUAGCAUCUCACUAUAUAUAACUUAAUACAAAUCUGUAAGAGAAACACACACACACAGAAGAAAUAAGAAACCAAGAAACCAAGAAACCAAGAAAUCAAGAAAUCAAGAAAUCAAGAAUGUUGCUAGUGACUGUUUUGGCUGAGAUGAUGAAAGAGUACACGGUGGUGCUCGCCGGAGUUUUGGAGCAUAUCUUCUCUCAAGCACCUUUUCCGAGGAGAAUCCGACUUCAGAUUCUUUACUCUCUUCCUUUUCAUAACUCUAAUUCCUCUCCUCUUCUCCUUCCUUCUCGUUCUUCUUCUACCUAAUGUUCUUUUUUCUUCUCUUUGACUUGAGAGCUUUUGUGUAAAUAAAGAUCUUUUAAUCUAUUAUCAAUAUGCAUCUCUUAUGUUUAACUUUGUUUA